UUUAAUUAGUGCCAUGUAUCAACACAGCAAUCAGAUGAUCUGCGUAUUAUUAAGCUUGGUGUUAAUAGCGUCUUCAGAAGGUUUCUUCUUAAAAUGGGGUUCUGAUUCAGGAAGCCAGCAGUCCCAAAAAUGGAUACAGCCGAUGUCGCCAAACAUAUCACCCGCGUAUCGAUACCAGUACAUCUACCCUUAUGAGUCCCGUAAGGUGUACCAACCGCAACAGCAGUACCAACAGUACAUGCAACCAGACGUUCAGUUGCAGCAGACGAUGCAACCGAUCCCUAUAAGCGUGCCAGCUGGAGCAAGCCUUACUCCUGUGUCCCUACAGCAUGUACAGCUUGUGCCUUGUAUGUGCCCUGUAGCUCCAGAGGAGGCAGAGAAGCUGCAGGAGCAAGUCGGCCCAGGGCCUUAUGUGGCGCAGGCGUACACGCAAAACUAUGUUCCACAGCAAGUCGCAGUGUCUGAUAAUUCAAAGUCUACGACGAAACAAUAAGUUAGAAACACGUCGCUCGUAAUUUGGUAACUGGGGUGUAUCGAAAAUUUAGUAACAAAUUUAGAUAAUGUAAAUUCGUUUUAAAUAUAACGUGGUUUGUUAGUAACAAUGGAAAUUUAAUAUUUAUUAGAUAUAAAUUAGGACCAAAUUGCUGCGAAUGUGUUAAACCGUCCAUUGAGUUUUGUUCAAUAAUUUAUUAUAUUAUUUAUAAAUUUAUAUAAGACUGAUAGGUUAGGGAUGAUUUUGUAUUGUCAAUAAAUAAAUAAAUGAAUUUGCGUUUUAUUUCUAUUAAGUUACCUAAAACACCCAGAACAUAAGAAUUCAACAAUGCCUUCUAUAAAUCGAUUAUAUCUAUGUGAUACUGUCUGUUUACAUUAAACUUAUUAUAAGCACUAGCAGUUACACCUAAUAAUUUCACUUAAAAUUAAUACAUUGUUAUUAUGAAUU